GCGACUCCGACCCUCCUGAACCCCGGUUCGAACUCCGAUCCGACCCUGACUCUGGCCCACUAAAAACGUCAUGCCCCGGUCUCCGGUCCUUUUCCGGCUUCCGAUCAUGCUCAGGUCGCCGCUCCCGGUCCGGUCCCAGGUCAUGCUCCAGUCUCAGGUCAUCCUGCUCCGUGUUCCGGUCAUCCUGCUCCGUGUUCCGGUCAUCCUGCUCCGUGUUCCGAUCAUCCUGCUCCGGCCUGGGAUCAUGCUCAGGCCGCCGGUCCUGGUCCGGCCUAAGGUCAUGCUCCGGCUUCCGGUCCUGCUCCGGUUUCCGGUCAUGCUCAGGUCGCCGUUCCUGGUCCGGUCUCAGGUCAUCCUGCUCCGUGUUCCAGUCGUCCUGCUCCGUCCUCCGCUCAUCCUGCUCCGGUUUGAGGUCGUGCUCCGCCCUCCGGUUAUCCUGCUCCGGCCUGGGGUCAUGCUCAGUCGCCCAGCCCGUAUCCUUCCAAACCGCUCGGUCUGUCGCCUACGGAAGGCUCUUGUCCUCCCGCGUCUUCGCAACCAGGUUUGCGACCGGGCUUGCGACCAGCCUCACCGCCUUUGUCCCCUUCUUCCUCUCGGUCUCCCGGCCC